CGCCAAAAAUGAAUCGAAAGCAAAUCGUCUCAGUCAUGCAUCGUGAGGACAUGACUGACACAAAAAUCGCAAUUACCCAUAAAGUCGUCUUCAUGAGAUGAAAUAGAGAAAAGUGGCCAAGUACGACACACAAAACCAGAACGGGAAAAAAAUGAAAGUGGGAGCUUUAUUUUGUAUUCUAUGAAACUACCUGAUUAAACUCAAAAAUAAACCUGCAAAGACUCCAACUCCUUCCUCAAGACAAAGUUCAACAAGAUGUUGCGGGCCUGCAGUUUUCUGUUUCCCUCGCUUGGAUCUUCAUCCUCCUCCUCGGCGGCUUCGGCUACGCCGAGCACAGGCAAUGUCUGCACUAUCGUCAACGGAGAAGACCAGAACCCCGACGAGCGCCAGGACAAAAAUAGUUUUACGUCUUUGUCGGAGGCAGGAGGCACUGGUGCCGUACCAGGAGUUACGACCAAACCGCCCAAAGGUAGACCCACUUCCUCCCUCAUUAUUCACUCCACUGCGGCAACGGCCUGUGCGGCGAGCUUCGUUUGGAACAUUCACGCGGUCUUCUUGCAGAAAGAGUACGUCCUGCUCGCAGCGCACUACGGAAUCACCUCGGCUGCGCUCUUGUCGACGCUGUUAGCGGUGCUGGGCGGGAACGCGUUGGUGCAAUUAUUGCGGGAGCAACAGAACUCCAAUUCGGCUUUGUUGGGAGCAGCUACAGCUAUUUCAGUUGCUGGAUUGGAUGCAAGUCGAAAAAAGGUGAAACUGUUCAACGAAGAGGAACGCUUUCGGCAGAUCCUCCGCGAGCGGUUCACCGACGGCGAAUAUUCCGUCCUGAUGUACAUGCUGCUCAGCAGUCUGCCGGCCAGCCUGAACGCGUUGGCGUUCAGUACCAGCAGCACGCUUCUGCCGGUCGGCGCGAACUUGAUUUUGCCGUUCCAGCUGUUUCUUCCCGGUUUGCUCGGAUCAGCGGCGUUGUUUGAAAAGUGGCACCGGGAAAUUCUGUUCUCCGCGUUCGGGGAAGUGGAGGGGGAAGACGGUAGCGACGCAUCGUCGAACUCGAAACGAAAUGGAGACUCGCACUCCUCCGGUGUUGCGGAUAUGGCAAGCAGAUUCGGUUUUCACCUGGAAAAAUCCUCUGCGAGGAGGACUUCAAAAUCCUCUUCAUCAACAUCUGAAGAUCACAAAGAAAUACUAGACCACCAGCAACCAAGAACCGACUCCAGCAAUAGCUCCAGCCCGGACCUGAAGUUCAAAAAUCUGGUGGAUGCUGACCACGGAGAUAGUACCAGCAAGACGCCGCUACAUGACGUUUCUACCACUUCGACGUUGACCGGGGGUGAAGGCGGAUUCUCGUCCUCUUCUUCGAAAAACACAAGUGAUUUUGGCGAAGAUCAUACGAAUCACGACAUGCUUGAUAUCAGUGAGGAUGGCGCCCUUGUUGCAGGAGGAGCAAGAGGGGCAUUGCAGUCGGCUGCUGCUUCCAAAUUGUUAGUUAGCGCUGCAGGAUCAGGAACGAAGGAGGCUUCAAGUUCAAGAGCAACAACUGCCUCUACAACUCCGGUGUCAAAUGAUUCCUCCACACAUCAACCGUGGACCUGGGUGACUACCAUCCAGGAGGCGACCAAACACAUCUCCGACUACCUGCAGAAGCAGGCCGGCGCGAAGGAGUUCGCGACACUGCAGGUUUGCGGCAUGGCCUUUGACCUGUGCGUCGACUACGUGAUGACGCAGUGGCGCGGCGCGUUCUUCGACACUUUUCAGACGAAGAAUGUGCUGAAAUUCCAGGAGUUGCUGAAAUCCUUCGGCGUCAUUGCGAUUUCCAACAUGGUCGCGAGCUCCUACAGCGACUACAUGACGGGGCUCUGGGACCUGCACGCCCGGGCCUACUUCGUCGACCGGUUUGCGACUCGCUUCUGGUUAAAGGACGCCGCGUUUUACAAAAUGGCGCUGGUGGGCGGGGGAUACGGGAGCUUGUACGGCGAGGAGCUGGAAAAUAAGGCGGGAAAAAGAAGACCUUCGCAGAAUGGAGAUCUAGAAGACGGUGAAGUAGAAGAAAACCUGGUUGUACUCGAAGGCGGUGUGACGGUUGAGUCGGACCGCGAGACCGGAACAACGGCAAUCGCCGCCAGAACGAGGAUGAACACCACCAGAACAAAUCGUGACUCUUUACUAGCUUCAACUCAAACUAGAAACUUCUUUUCGCAACCCGACGAACUGCGGAAUUGCGAUCAGCGAUUGCACGAAGACGUGCAGGCGUUUGUCGGCGGCAGUCGGAGGUUGACGUUUGGAUUCGCAGACGCGGUGUUGCGGUUGGCGUUCUUCUUUCCACAACUCGUCUACCACUCGCCGCCGGGUCUCUGGGAAUUGUGCUUGCUCAUGUCUGUUGGUAUAGAGUUGUUUAUAAUUAUUUUCUUCUGCAGAUUGCAUCUUGAUCUUCAGUAGUUGAACAUGACAAUGACUCUGGCUCACUCUCACACAAUAAUUUUUUUGUUGCAUGCCCCUGAAGAUUGCAAAGUCGAAAUUUUCCCUCACAAACACAACAGUUUCCUCCAUCAUGACCCACCAACUCGGUAAAGAGCUGCUUCCCGCCAACAUGGCCAUCCAGAACGCCGAGGCACAAUUUCGCGACGGGUUGAUUUCCGUGCAGAACCGCGCCGAGCCGCUGGCGUUGCAAAACCUCAACGACGCUGGGCUGAUCCAACGGCGCUUCCAAGAGGUCCGCAUUGCGCUCUGGAACAGCAUGCAGGUCGGGUUUCGAUUGCAGUUGUUCACGACUUCUUACGGGUUGCUCGCCGGCGUGUUGCCCUUCCUCCUCCUCGCUCCGUCCUUUUUCCAAGGGCACAUCACGAUGGGCGCCAUGUUCCAGCUGGAGGCGAUCAUUGGGCAGGUGCAAGGGUCGCUGGACUUCUUCAUGUCCACCUACGCGGAUUUCGCGAGUUGGCGGGUGACGACCGACCGGUUGCUGGCAAUGCAGAAGUUCUGCGAGUGUGAGGAAAAGAUGGCGGGGGUGCGGGGGAUAGGGUUCAACACUGGAGGCCGCGGGGCGUCGAGCGGUAGACCCCUGGCGUUGAUGGACAGGAACAGGGAAAGGGAAGAUGGACAAGUGGAGAGCGGAACUGCACCUGAAGAUCUAGUAGCUGCAGUUGAAGGACACGCAACACACUCGAAUGGUGGAAUUGACCUUCACUUCGAGGAAAUCAAUUUCGGAGCACCGCCAGUGGUUGAGGAUGAAGAUGCGGACGAUUCCAUCGCUGAUGAAGAGGCUGCAGGUGCUGCAGGAAGUACACCCCCCUCGACCGCUGCAACACCAGCACUACAAAACCUCCACUUCACACUACAGCCCGGCCAAAAGCGCUUGAUUCUCGCGGAAAGUGGUGCGGGAAAGAGUGUUUUGGUCCGGUGCUUGGCAGGCAUUUGGCCGAGUUGUUGGAUCAAGAUGAAAAACGAAGCCAGUUGCACCAACAGCCUCUCGUCGUCCUCUUCCUCCUCUCUUUGCGGCAGAAGUAGAGCGAACACCAUAGACCGCACUGCCAUCUUCUUCGUAUCCGAACUCACAUGCGUUCUGCAGAUAAUGGGGAGCGACCACUUGACUUUGUUCGAGGCGUUGACUCUGUUUCUAACGGCCGGGAAGACCAACGCGAAAUCUGUGACUGACGGAGCAGCAGAAAAUGAGUCCAAUAUCGUUGACACCGUGGUCGACGGUCGAAUGCAGCUGGCGCAGUUCGCAGGCGACGAAACGGCUACUGAGGAAGUUGCUACCAACGCCAGCGUAGUAGAACACAAUGACAAUGCUGCAAGACCCACUCGCCAAAGUGCACAAGGUGCAGACACGCCGACAAUAGAACAACAUCCAAAUAAAUCCUCCGAAGAACCCGGCCUCUACGAAACCACCCAAAAAGCUCUUCUCCUCGCAGGGCUCCCGGACUGGGUCCCGAAACUGCACGAGAAGCAAGGCAACGGCCAGCAACUUCCGAAUGCGGUGUCCGCGGAGGUGCGCGGACGCCUGGUGUUUGCACUGGUUUUCGUCGCGGUUUUGAGCAAAGGACAUUGUUCUACGUCUGCGCACAUCAAGAAGAAGUUUUUCAUUAUCGACGAUUUCCUCAGCCGGCACAAUCUGCAGGAAGCUGUUGCGGAGGAACUGGUUUCGACGUUGAUCGAUCUUUUGAGCGAGGAUCAGGCCAUCGCGAUAUUUGCCCGGCCGGGAGCGAGUGGCGUGGUGAAUUUGUUUUCUUCGCGGAAAAGUGCUAGUCUUUUGGGAGCACCAGCACCAGUGUCGCCAGACGAGGAAGCGGCACGAAAAGGAAAUUUAGUUGGUGGGUGGGAUCCUGUUUCUAUUUGCUCAUUGGAAAACCUGUAAAAAGUUUCAACUUCUUCGACCUUGUUAAACGACGUUCAAACUAGAACUACAACUUGAUGAUCGGACCUCGUCACUCAUUUCCUAGAAACACGAAAUCUAACGACUACUGACUGAGCUUCAAAUUUUGGAUUCCUAGAUGGAACGACUUCCACGCUUUGAGACUGAUAGACAGAUUCGUCCUCAUCGCAACUAUACUAUCACGAGGUUUGCGUUUGUUGUGCAUCCUUGCCUGCUCUUAGUUACUGCUCCUUAAAUAUAUCUGAAUCAAUUAGGUGUUGAGGGUUACUUUGGAAAUUUUGCUAUCGAUACUCGUCACGAUUUGGCGCAACCCGAACUCUUAUGAUUGAUCGGAGGGUUGCAAAAAACGCCUUGAAAUAUUGGGCUCGGAGCGCGUCCUUUUGAUGCUGAAACAGAACUAAGUUUGUCAUCGUCAUGAGCUUUUUUUCUCCUGUCAGAAUGUGAAAAGGCAUGUAAGUGCGCUUGAUUGUUGAUUUUUUUCGGGUGAGGUCUUCACACGCUGGUGGUGGUGUUGGGUCCCU